AGUAAUGUAUGCAGUUAGUCAGCACAUUUGUAGUUUUUUUUUUGUGUGUGUGGCAGGGUUCCUGCUACCCUCCUCAAAGUUGAUUAGUGCCGGUGAAAGCGAUACAGACCCCCUCAAGAUAUAAAAGAGGUCAUUCAACUAGUUGUCAGUCGACAUAUCACAAAUGCUAUGAAAAUACUUCAAAUAUGAAAAGUUACCUAGUGUUGCUUUAAGGCAUUUAUUGAUUAGGUCCCAACUUAACCCAAAUUGAUAUUUUAAUCACAAAAAAAAAAAAAAGUCACUGCUCUUUUGUCUGAAAAUCCUUUCUGGUUUAUUUGCUUAUUGGUAUAUAAAUUUCUCAUUUUAAUAUAAAUCUUUACACUAAUCGCGAAAUUUGAUGAUCAGAAGAUUAAAGUUUGCCCUCAAACUAAAGGACUGAAUUAUAAUAAUGACAAUUGUUUAAACUUUGAAAGCCUGAAAAAUACAAAAUUAGUCUGUAAACAAUAAGGACUGAGCCUGCAUUCAGUGGACGAUAAGUCUCGAAUUAGAUUUUGGAGCAGCCAUGAAAAACAAUGGAAUCAUAACAGUGCGGAAAGGUAACACAUUAAUAAAACAUACCAUAAAAGACCUGCGAGAGCCAUUGCUGCCAUCUUAGGAAAAAGGGGGUAGAGGGAAGCAGCAACCUGGACUCCCCACAAGUUUCACUCUUGAGUGAAUGUAACUGAAAUGACAACAAAGUGUGUAUUUGUACAUCCUGCCUAGCAACACCACACCUGUUCCUUGAUGAGCAAUUAGUACUCAACCAUGGUCAGGUGUGAAGGAAUGGACACUUUUGGGGGUUAUAGCACUAGUGUCAAACUCAAGGUGCAUGGGCUAGUUCUGGCCCACCAUAUCAGAUUGUGUGGCCUCUGAAAGCAAACCAUGUGCUUCAACUUUGUUUCGCACUCAAAUACAAACAUUUCAGAUUGUUGUUACUUUUAAAAACAUUGAGAAUCUGUAGGCAUUUUAAAUAAAGGUAAUAUGUGUGGAUCAAAAUUAGUUCAUUUCGCCCUAAAAUCUGAUACAGUGCAAGUGCAUUUUUUGCACUUGUGCGACGAGUAAUCUUGCUAAUCUCAGUAAAAAUAAAAAGAAAACAAAUUUUAUUACUGAUUUGUUGGUAUUGGUGUUGUUGCUGACAAAACGCGAUUAUUCACUUCAAGCCUCGCCCACUCAAAUUGGGUUGGACAUUUAUGCCAGUCAAUGGCUUUGAAACAGGAUCAUUCAUUGGCCCUAUGCUAUUUCUUUUCACACUGCCAAAAUGAUUCAACGAGUCGAUUAAGUCGUUAUCAUCCCUUCCCCUCAUAGAUUAUUAAAACAGCUGGUUUUUUUGCCAUUGUUGUGCAAUAGCUAUGCCAAACAUCUUUCUUUAAGCGCUUAAAUGUGUGUGUAGGUGGGGUGCCUCGCCGUUCCCAGGGCAAUCUUGGCUUGCUGCUGUGAAAAAGGCGAUAUGUUGUUCUCCUUGGUCAAAGAUGAGGGGUGCCUGAUUUUGUCUGAAAUAUGUUUCACCCGCAGACAUAAAAAAAAGUGCGUAAUAGCGAGAGCCUCUUUUUUAUGAGAACAUCCAAUUAUUUUUUUUGUCUUUUUCAAUGAAUUCACCUCUGAUUGUUAUCAUUUUAAAUACAUUUUGUAUUUAGAUGUUCAAGCAGGGUCUCCCCAAGGAUUUUUUGAAGCUGUGGUGGUUGGCUGCAUCGGAUUUGGACACCCUUACCAUGUCAUACCAUGGCAAAAAACAUUUUCAUGUUUUUUUUCCCCAAGUAGAGCCAUACCAAAGAUAUAUUUCAAAUAUUUCAUUAGCAAUGCUAAUGUUAUAGUGCUCAGCUACGGUUCAUGUAUAUAAAAUGCGUAAUAAUGUGACUUUUUUUCUCGUAGCAAUAGUAUGACUUACAUCUCGUGAAAGAACCAUAUUUGACCCAAAAAAAACCAAACUGAUACAGUAUAUCUGGAGCCGCAAAAAAUUAAAAGCCUUGUAAAAGCCUUACAAUGAAAGCAACACCGGCUGUAUGUAUCGAUAUUAGCCAUAUUAGCCUACUAUCAAAAUGACUACAAGUUGGCUACAAAUACAUCAUUAGCCUUCAUGAUUAAAUGUUUAUUUUCCCUGCAGUGGAUCCUAUAAUGAAUGAUACACCACGUGACUAUUCUGUUGUAUGAUGCCACGUCACGUUUAACUUAAUAACCAUAUUAAUGAAUUGAAAGAAUGUUUGUGCCAUGUUUGUCCUCCGACAGAAACCAUAUUAAAACAAAAAAAUAUAUUUCCCUCCCCCAUCUUUUUACUUUUUCAAAAAUCUUUGAAAAAGCUCCAGGGAGCCACUAGGCCCUAAUACGUACUACAUUACCACGACAAUAAUAGUCCUUCUGCCAACGGACCCAUUUCAAGGAGUAGAGGGGAAUUUCUAAUAGCCAUGUAAAGAGUGUUACUAGUUUCGGUGAGAAGGUGAAUAGUUCUUUUUUUUGUUGUUGUUGUUCGUGAACUACAUUUCCACACAAACGCACAUCGAGGUACCAUUAACUUAACAAAGAGAGGUAUGAGAGUCAUUUUUCGAGUGUCCCAGAGCUUGCGAAACUUGGAAAAAAAGCGCAUUCAUCAAAGUUUCGCCAGCCACGAUUGCAUAUAUCUGUCCACCGAAACAGCCUGAGAGCAUAGAUAUAAGUACGCCUGCCCCUUGUUGUCGAAGUUAGCGUGGUGGCGCUCUGAAAAUAGAGCAAGGCUCUAUUUUGGGCCCCGCCUCUCGGCACAAAUUCAUUCAAACUUGGCCUUCCAUUCAAGACGGCUGUCCACCGCUCACUUUCGCCGAAAAGUCCAAUCCAAACUAUUGUGAUGCCCCGGAAAUGGGGAAGAAAGAGAGUAGUCGGUUUUGGCUUAUCCACUUUAUUGUGGUAACAACAAUAAAGAAAAACAAUAACAAAAUAACAGCGGGCUGCUGCGACAUGAGACCGCUAUCUCUUGCGAUCUCACCCGUUGUCCCAACCUUCCUGCUCGGUUCCCCCUGCGUCACAGCUCCCCAGUCCGAUCGUCUCUUAAGGGGGCCACGCUUAGUUACGGACAUUAAAAUACACAAUGAAUAGGUUGCUGCUAAACUCUUCAGACUCGGCUGCCGCUAGUUUGAAACGGCCUAAAAAAAAAACCAUCUCAUUUGCAAGGCGUGGCGGCUUUUAUUUAGGUGUGGCGGUGCUCCACAAUCUCUCAUAUGUAGGGGAAACGCUGGUUUAAGUGAUGUACACCCAUGAAGACAAUUAGGCCAAUUUUUUAGCAGUUUUACAAGUUGUGGUAGAAUUGUAUUGUUUUGCCACUCAUAAAUUGGAGUAAAUACAAAUUUGACAUUUUGGAUCUUUUUCUACAGUUAAUGAGUUCCCUAUAAAACCUUCAGGGACAGGUAAAUGGAUUGCUAUCCUUCGUCCUAGACAUAUUGGACUUGUAUUUUCAGCAAUUAAUUGCUUGUUGUUGUCGCCAAAUGCUGCUAACCCCUCUGCCAAGCUAGUGGUUGGUGGCCCGGGCUGCACCAACAUAACAUGAGAGACCUCAGCUUGGCGGCACGAUAACGCCCUUAACAAGCAUGAAAGCUCCAUUUCGGCAUACUCUUUCAGAGUUCCAAGGAUUUAUUUUUAAUUCCUGGCUUCUGACUUUCGAGAUAAUCCUGGAUAUGACUUUGUCUGUUGGCGUCUCACUUUACCGAGCAGCAUUUGAAUACGUUACAGCAGUUAGGGCUGAAAUUUUCAUUUUAAUGACUCAGCUGCUGAACUUUUGAUUCGGGGAAUAAAUUAAUGACUUUUUUCAAAUUUGCAUGGAUUUAAAAGGAGGUGUCAUAGUUCACUCACAGUUUCUGACCCUAGUGAUGGUUUGGAUGAUUCUCCAUGUGACUUUGCAUAUACGACUGGUUCCAUUUCUGACUGAUACCGUGAAUUUUGCCCAGUAAUAGGUGGUUAAACUCCAUUUAGGAACCCAAUGGUUUAACGAGUUCUGCCUUCGCCUGUGCAUCUACUCUCACGUCACUUUCUUAGAAUAUCAAGACAUGCAAUGUCGAAUAUUUGUAACGACAACUCGCUGAUGUACAGUAUGAAAGCCAUAUCAUAGACUUCAUAGUGAUACUGACGGGUCAGAUUCGACCUUCACUGCGCCACACCUUCAAGUAGAGGGCCAUUUCACAAUCCGCUACAGUUAUUCGCAGUCUAUCGCAGCGACACAUGCAGCGAUCCAACGCCGAAUUUAUGUUAAAAAAGUACGAAAUGUGUACCGCAUAUAAAUAGGAAGGAUUGUCUCAGGAGUGAUUUGUUCAAAGAUUCAAGGUAAUUAUUAUAUUUUUUCCUUUUUUCACAAGAAUUUUCAACGUAAAAAAGUCUUUGUUGUAAGACUGCCGCCACAUUGUCUAACAGACUAGCAUCAUUCUUUGACAUAUUUACGUAAAAUAAAUGCUAACUGCACGUUUUUUUUUGCUUUUAACCUAGACUGUCUUACGUCCAUAUCUAUAAAGAAUUCAGGGAUUUAAGCAUUUAUUCACAAGAAUUUUCACCGGAAAAACCUCUGUUUACAUAUAGCGGCGGCCACAUUGACUCACAGACUAGCAUCGUACUUCGACAUAUUUACGUAAAAUAAAUGAUAAGUGCAUGGUUUUUGUUUGCUUUUAUUUACCAGGAAUCGAAACUGUUUUACAUCCAUAUCUAUAAAGAAUUAACGGAUUUAAGCAUUUAUUCACAAGAAUUUGCAACGAAUUUGACUGUGAUUCCACUCGGUCAGCUUUGACGACCAUGCCAACAAUGCAGGCCUCCUAUUAAUCGGCCCCGUGUCCCGUCAAUAUCAUUAUGAAAUCUAUGGCCAUAUUUUGAAUGAACACACUUCUUCCGUGAAUCAUUAUCAACAGUCUGUUGCGCUCUUCCGACCCCCACAUAGCUUCUGAAGUUCAGCGUCUGUGGGGAAUAACAGUGCCAUCUGGAGGGUUGAGAGGAGGGCUCUAUGUCUGGAAACAAGAAAACUGGCUGGACACAAGUGUGCUGUUUUGUGGUCCACAAACGCUGCCACGAGUUUGUAACCUUCUCUUGUCCUGGAGCUGACAAGGGCCCCGACACGGACGAUCCCAGAAGCAAGCACAAGUUCAAGAUCCACUCUUAUGGCAGUCCCACGUUCUGCGACCACUGUGGCUCGCUGCUUUACGGUCUCAUCCACCAGGGCAUGAAAUGUGACACUUGCGACAUGAACGUACACAAGCAGUGCGUUGUCAACGUGCCCAGCCUGUGCGGGACGGACCACACGGAGCGCCGAGGUCGCCUCUUCCUCAAGAUCGAGGUCAGCGGCGACAGGCUACACGUCACAGUGGGCGAAGCCAGAAACCUGAUUCCGAUGGAUCCUAACGGUUUAUCGGACCCUUAUGUCAAACUAAAGCUCAUUCCAGACCCGAAGAACGAAACCAAACAGAAGACCAGGACCAUCCGUUCAUCUUUGAACCCGUGCUGGAACGAGUCCUUCACCUUUAAACUGAAAGUAUCCGACAAGGACCGCCGUCUGUCCAUUGAGGUGUGGGACUGGGACCGGACCACAAGGAAUGACUUCAUGGGCUCCAUGUCGUUUGGGGUGUCCGAGCUGAUGAAAGCACACACGUGUGGAUGGUACAAGUUACUUAACCAAGAAGAGGGCGAGUACUACAACGUGCCCAUCCCAGAAGUUGAUGACGUGGACUUGGAACUCCGGCAAAAGUUCGAGGCCUGCCAGUUAAAUAUCCACUAUCUCAAGAAAGCAAAGAUGGGCCACGGCAAGAAAGUCAUCACGCCGUCGGACCACCGGCGCUUCAGCCUCCCCUCGGGAAACGCCGAGCGCCUGCGCCUGAGCGACUUUAACUUCCUGGCGCUGCUGGGUAAAGGGAGCUUCGGCAAGGUGAUGCUGGCAGAGAUGAAGUCCACCGAGGAGCUGUACGCCAUCAAGAUCCUCAAAAAGGACGUGGUCAUCCAGGACGAUGACGUGGAGUGCACCAUGGUGGAGAAGAGGGUGCUAGCGCAGAGGGACAAACCGCCUUUCCUCACGCAGCUCCACUCCUGCUUCCAAACGCUGGAUCGACUCUACUUUGUAAUGGAGUACAUCAACGGAGGAGACCUCAUGUAUCACAUCCAGCGUAUGGGCAAGUUCAAAGAGCCUCAGGCCGUGUUUUACGCAGCAGAGAUUGCUGUUGGCCUUUUUUUCCUGCAUCGGAAGGGAAUUAUCUACAGGGAUCUGAAGCUGGACAAUGUGAUGCUGGACUCGGAAGGUCACAUCAAGAUCGCCGACUUCGGCAUGUGCAAGGAGAACAUGUACGAAGGCAUGUCCACGCGCACCUUCUGCGGCACCCCCGACUAUAUCGCACCUGAGAUAAUAGCGUACCAACCAUAUGGAAAGUCAGUGGACUGGUGGGCGUAUGGAGUUCUUCUCUAUGAAAUGCUUGCAGGACAGCCGCCGUUCGAUGGCGAGGACGAAGACGAGCUCUUCCAGUCCAUCAUGGAACACAACGUAUCCUACCCCAAGUCCAUGUCCAAAGAAGCCGUGUCCAUCUGCAAAGGGCUGAUGACCAAACACCCCUCCAAGCGCCUCGGCUGCGGACCCGAAGGCGAACGUGACAUCCGGGAGCAGGCUUUCUUCCGACGCAUCGACUGGGAACGUCUGGCUAACAGGGAGAUACAGCCGCCCUUCAAACCCAAAGUGUGCGGCAAAGGAGCAGAAAACUUUGACAAGUUCUUCACGCGCACGCAACCCAUGCUGACGCCGCCCGACCAGAUGAUGAUCGCCAACAUCGACCAGAGCGAGUUUGCCGGAUUCUCCUAUAUCAACCCGCAGUUUAUCCACCCUUCCCUGCAUAGUGUGGUAUGAGCGGAAAAGCCAACUUCCCUAAAUCUCACGCCAACCUCCGCUUCAGACAUCUUGGUAUUACUUCUGUAUACUGUGUGCGGAUGUGAAUGAGGAGCGCACCCAUAAGGGGACCCCUCCAAAGACUUUCCACUUAUGCUUUCCCCUCUCGACAAUCCGAUACAAACAUCCGAUGUAUAUUUUCUCCAUUACAAAACGAGAGAGGUCGUACGCACGAGUGCCAAAGCACGAGCCGAGCGGACAAAUAUUCCCGACAAGCGGCGAGAGGAGCUGUUGCAUGUUUUCUUUCCGGUUCGAGUAUUAGGAUUCAGUACUUCUCCGUGUCAAGCUUGAAAACCUGUUGUGUGUUUUGCUCUGGUCGUCGACCCGUUUUGUAAAUAUGUUUUCCGGCUAAAAAAAAUAGGGAAAAAAAGACGUUUUAUACGAAGAACUGAAUGUGCUUUUUUGAAGAUUUCUAUGUUCUGACGACCCCAAGGUGAGAUUUGGCAUCACAUUCACGUUUCAAUCCAACGCUUUACUCCCUCUAGUGAUGGCACCGAAACUCGUUACACAAUAAUAGUACCAACAAUUGGGAGCAACGUGAAGUAGCUCAACAGUAGCGUAGUAGGCCUGUUUAAUCGUUUAUAUGGGACUCAUCUAGCUCAUUAGCUGUCAUUGACAGCGCGAGACGUCCAAUUAAUUUGACUUGGAGGGUGAAUUAUGAGUUUAUUAACUUAUGAGUUUUGAGUUACAUGUGUGGUCGGAGGUCAAAUUGAACUCGUAUCUCAAGGCAUGACUGUAUUAAUUAUCCACCGCGUUAUUAUGCAGUUUGAACGCUGGCCUUAAAUGUAGAAAUAAAAUUGACGUUCAAAUUCAUUUACCAGUUAUCUAAGUCAUUGGCUGCCAUUGACGCUUGUAGUUAGGGAUGUCCGGAUCGCAUAUUUUUGCACCCGAGUCCGAGUCACCUGAUUUUGAGAAUCUGCCGAUACAAAGUGCCGAUUCGAUAAUGGGGAAAAGCUUUUUCUCAUUUGAACAAAAGUUCCAAAAAUCAUCCGCUUUUUCCGCGAGUGUUGCGGAGUAUAAAACGUAUGUGGCGGAAAACACUGAGGUGACUUGAAGUUCUGCUCUGAGACACCCAAUUUGGCCAACUUUCAAAAUUGUCCUAUAUGCAUGUGUGAUACAUCAUUGGAAAGCUUAAAAUCUCAAUUUUCUGGGGGUAGAAAAUUUUUGAACAGGAGGGCAUUAAAAAAUUUUUUUUUUAAACAGUGAAACCCUAUCUGGAGGUGAGAACAUGGAAGAGCAGAAUUAAAGAUGCCACAACUUUAACGACAUAUUAUCGCGUACUUACCUUGUUUCGAUCCAAAAACUCCAUGUAGCAUAUAUCACUGAGUGUCAAGACACAGCUGUGAAUAGCCAUAGCUGCAUUUUUUGAGGAUUUUAUGGGUGAAACAUGGUAAUAUAACAAGGGUCGUGAUGCAGAAAUCACAGACAUCAAGGAGUGUUCGAGAUGUUCUUUUUCAUAUAUUUACCCUUUUAAAUGUUUUUUUUCCCAUUUUUCUUUGUUUGGAUCGAUUAUUUAUCAUCUAACAUAUCGGAGAAAAUGCGACAGUAACAAAAAAAAAAAUACAAUUAAGCGAUAGUUAUGAGGUAGAUAUCUGUGACCUUUUUGCAGACCAUUUUUUAAAAUUGUUAUUUAAUUUGCUUAAAAACUUUAAAAUAUGCGAGUGAAUAAUUUUUUUAAGUCGUUUUUUUAACUAAAUAUUAAACAUCAAUUAAUGAUUCUAAGCUAAAAAUGACAAACAUUUUGAAUAAUAAAUAUAAUUACUGAGCUUCUUUUUAUGGCUGGGUUGAAACAAAAGCGGUUGCGCAAUGUCUGGAAACGGGGGUUUCCAGGGUAAAACGGACCACUUAAAAUAGUUUGGUGAAUCUGCUAAAGCAGCAUAUAGACAUAUCCUUUAUCAAACACAACAGUUAUUUUGGCUUAAAAUACAGCAGUUUCUUUUAUAGAGAGGAGUGCAAGAACAGAAACUGCUUUUUCAGUCUUGUCCGUGUUUUCUGCCAAAUAUUUUUGUUUCUUUUGGAAAUGCCAUUAUAUCUCGAUGAUUUUGUUACUUUUAUCCCUUAAAAAAUAUUUUUAAAAAUACACUGGUACCUCUACUUACGACAUUAAUUGGAUCUGGAAUUUGUCUCGUAACCUGAAAAUUCUGUAAGUAGAAUCGCAAGUCCAGUCCUCGAGAGCCGCUAUCUAGCUUGUUUUCCAUGUCUCCCUCCGAACCGAGGUCAAUGGCUGCUUGAUGACUGUCGAGACUGUUGACAUACUCCGGCCGUAUUGUCGAGCUAUAUUUUUCAAUCUUCGCUUUAUUAAUUUCAAUUGUAAGUGUCCCCUUUUUCCCUCAAAUUGUACCAACCGUCUUGGGACCCAUGUUGAUUUUUCUCAAAAGAAAAUCCGCCACGCUGCCGUCUUGCAGGAAAACAGUGACAUUGCGACGCUGCUGCACAUCGUUGUACAGUGGUAUGAAAAAGUAUCUGAACCUUUUGGAAUUUCUCACAUUUCUGCAUGAAAUCACCUUCAAAUGUGAUCUGAGCUUUGUCAAAAUCACACAGAUGUAAAAACAGUGUUUGCUUAACCUAAAACCACCCAAACAUUUAUAGGUUUUCAUAUUUUAAUGACAGCAUGCAAACAAUGACAGAAGGGGGAAAUAUAAGUGAACCCUCUGCCUAAGGAGACUUAAAGAGCAAUGCAAACCAUUUUUUACCAAACAAUUUAAGUCAGGUGUGUGCCCAAUCACUGAUUAGUGGUUUAAAGCUGCCCUGCCCACUAUAAAACAUGCACCUCGUAAAAAUAGUCUUGAUGAGAAACAUUGUCUGAUGUACAUCAUGGCUCGUCAAAAGAUCUUUCUGAAGACCUGCGAUCAAGGAUUUUUGAUUUGUAUAAUGCUGGGAAAGGAUACAAAACCAUGUCUAAAAGUCUAGAUGUUCAUCAAUCGACAGUCAGAGAAGUUGUCUACAAAUGGAGAGUUUGGCACUAUUGCUCAUCUCCCAAGGAGUGGCCGUCCACCAAAGAUGACGCCAAGAGUUCAGCGCAGAAUACUCAGAGAGGUAAAAAAAAAAAAAAAAAAAAAGAACCCUAGAGUGUCUGCUUAAGACUUACAGAAAUCACUGGCACAUUCCAAUAUCUCUGUGCACGCAUCAACUAUAUGAAAAACUAUGGCCAAGAAUGGGUCUGCGGUCAAAAAAAAUAUUGUUGCUCGUUUAAUGUUCACAAAAAGGCACUUGGACACUUCACAGAAGUUUUGGCAAAAUAUUUUGUGGACUGAUGAAACCAAAGUUGAAUUGUUUGGGAGUAGCACACAGUGUCAUGUGUGAAAGAAAAAUGGAACAGCUCACCAACAUUAACGCCUCAUCCCCACUGUGAAGCAUGAUGGAGGUAGCAUCACGAUUUGGGGCUGUUUUGCUGCCUCAGGGCCUGGACAACUUGCAAUUAUUAUUGGAAGAAUGAAUUCAAACGCUUGUCAGUUGUUGUGCUGGAAAACCUGAGGCCGUCCGUCAAACAGUCGAAGCUAAGAAAGAGGAUUGAUGCUGCAACAAGACAAUGAUCCAAAAUACAGAAGUAAAUCAACUUCAGAAUGGUUUGAGAAGAACAAAAUACACGUUCUGGAGUGGCCAAGUCAACGUCCAAACUUGAACCCCAUUGAGAUGCUGUGGCAAGACAGUGAUUCAUGCCAGACAUCCCAGGAAUCUGACUGAACUACAGCAGUUUUGUAGAGAAGAAUGGGCCAAAAUUAGUCCUGAUCGAUGUGCCAGACUGAUCUGCAGCUACAGGAAGCGUGUGGUUGUAGUUAUUGCUGCCAAAGGGGGGUGCACAAAAUAUUAAAUGUGAUGGUUCACUUACUUCUUUAUCACCCUUCUCUCAUUGAUAGCAUACUAUCCACAUUAAAAUAUGGAAACCUAUAAAUGUUUGGGUGGUUUUAGUUAAAGCACUGUUUUUUCAUCUGUGUGAUUUUGACGAUGAUCAGAUCACAUUUGAUGGUGAUUUUUGCAGAAAUACGAGAAAUUCCAAGAGGUUCAGAUACUUUUGAGUCAAAUUUUACGUCGGAUGUCGAAAGGAUCGUAUUUCGAUGUGAUUGUAUGUCGAGGUAUCACUGUACUUUCUAUGUAGCACUGUUUUAGCCUGGUGGGGUGGGGCAAGGAAAUCCUGGCAACCCGCCAGGCUUAUGAAACACGGAGGGAAACCUUGUAGUUCAAAUGGAUUGGGCGUCUUUAGCUUCAAUUAGAAGCCAGUGAGUUCAAAUGAAAUAAAAAUACAGUUCUUACAACUUGAAUCUAGAUGUAUUGAACUGCCAAACUUGAGUCUAGAUGUAUUGAACCGCCAAGCUAAAUAGGAAGCAACGUGUUCUUCUUUUGCAUGCCACUAGAGGGAGCCUCUCUCCCUUUAAGUGUUUAACGCAGCAAGCAGGCGUGUGCAUGCCCGCGAGGCCACGCGUAAUGUCAGCAUGUCAAGAACCUCUGCAUGAUCACCAGUCAUUCCUCCCCCGCGGAUGGAAGGAGCAUGCCGUUUUCUGUCAGGCUCGUGCGCUUUCGUCGUCUCCAAAAAUCGCUUCCGUCGGCUUUUUCGGUGCCAAAAAAGGAGUCGCUCGUCUUGCUUGCGUUAAAUUCCGUCACGUAGAUUAUGGAUGAUUCUACUGCCAAAUUUCAGCUGAAUUUACUCGCGAAGGUUAUUUUACAGCUGUCACGUGCGGACCAAAAAGAGAAUGUUUACAUGUCUCACAUUGAGAAUCCUUGUCGUGUGGCAAAAGGGGCAGGAAAUUGAAAAUUGUCUCCUUUUGACUUAAUAAGGACACGUGGAAAAUGGUUGGCUUACAAUUAAUUUGAUUUGUUUCUGUUUUGUAUGACUUAUUCUGUUCACAAAAAAAGGUGGAGUAGGCUAACGAGUUAAUCGGUUAUUUUAUUACAUUCAUUCUUUUUUAAUUUAUUAUAUAUAUCUAGUGCUGGGCGAUAUUGCGAAAACGAUAGUGAGUUAUAUGUCAUCAUAAAUUCCUUUUCUUAUCACCAUCGUAAAAAUUUGCUGUACUUAAACUCUACAGUGCUGAUUAGCUCAAAAUUUUGCAUCCAAAGUUAUGUUUUCCUACCUGCGCUAUUUAUUUGUGCUUACCGUAUUUUUCGUACUAUAAGUCGCACCUGAGUAUAAGUCGCACCAGCAAUAAAAUGCCCAACGAAGAGGAAAAAAACAUAUAAGUCGCACCGGAGUAUAAGUCGCAUUUUUUGGGCAAAUUUACUUGUUAAAAUCCAACACAUAGAACAGAUAUGUCAUCUUGAAAGGCAAUUUAAAAUAAAUAUACAAUAGAGAACAACAUGCUGAAUAGAGCUGGGAAUCUUUGGGCACCUAACGAUUCGAUUACGAUUACGAUUCAGAGGCUCCGAUUCGAUUAUAAAACGAUUAUUGAUGCACCCCCCUCCUUUUUUUUUUUCUUAAAUGUUUUGUACAUUAGUUCCAAAAUUGUUCAAAAAUACUCUCAGGCUAAACCAAACUACAAUUUCAGUAUCAAGUUAACAUAUAACAGUAAACAAAUAUACAAAAAUAACAGUAAAUAAAAAACUCCAGUCCCCAUUCUGUAUCAGCAGCUUUAAACUACAUUCAAUUAAUUUAAUGUUGUGAAUCAACCGUUAAAGUUGUUUAAAUUGCUCCCGUUAUUCCAUAAUUUCCCUUUUGUCUACUUUCGACAUGUGAAAGUUUUAAAACUAUUUUAAAGAUAGAUUCAAGUCAAUAUUUUACCGAUUUAGGAGUAUUUUAGAUAAAAAGUUAAUUAGGUUCGCUUGGAAGGUUCGCUACAACAGCCUUGCAGGGAAGUGUACUGCUUUAAGAUGGCGGCCGUUUUACUAACGCCCGCAUCUAGCUUUCUGUAGAUGUGCUGCUAACGCUACCGAAUCUAUAUUGCAUCUAGUCCUAUAUAAAUGAUAUCUACCGUAACAUUAUGUGGAUGUACUUUGUAGCAGCUUUUCGGCAGCAGUCAGGUAUGUUGUUGUGUUUUUUUAUCUCGUGGCAUGAGUUGAGCUAGAGCCAUGAGUUGAGCAUUGGCAUUACCCGAGGGGCCGGGUAAUGAGAAGCAUGAUGUUUAGCUACUCUCGCUUCGUUCCUCAUUGCGUCCCGAAGACCGCACGGUGCACUGAGUGUGUUGUGCUUCCGCUUUACUUGGCAUAUUUCAAUAAUCGGAAUUUGGAUGUUUGUGAAUCGUUCUCGAAUCUUCCACGGCCGAAUCGCGAAUAAUCUAAGAAUCGGAAAUUUUGCACACCUCUAAUGCUGAAUAAGUGUACAGUAUGAUAAUGUUGCAUGAUGCAUGAACAACCAAAUGCAAACGUGUCCGGUAUGUUAACUUAACAUAGCUAUUAUAGUUAUUUAGAUAACUAUAGCAUAAAGAACAUGCUAACAAGUUCACCAAAUCAUCAGUGUCACUCCAAAAUAACAUGUGAAAUGAUAUAGUAAUGUGUUAAUAAUUUGACACAUAAGUCGAUCCUGAUUACAAGUCGCACCCCCAGCCAAACUAUGAAAAAAAACUGCAACUUAUAGUCCGAAAAAUACGGUACUAUGUUCUUGGGUGUUUUGUAAUGUUGCGUAGUACAAAUUAUAAAAUGUUUUAUUCCUUUGUCAAUAUCCGUGUACAUCUUGAUUAUUGUGUUGCUUUGUAGUAACAGUAAAUAAUUAAUAUAAAAAUAACUACCGUAUUGGCCUGAAUAUAAGACGACCCCCUCUUUUUCAAGACUCAACUUUGAAAAAAGACUUUUUGAACACCAAAUUAAUUUUUAUACAGAAAAUAAUUACAGUACAUCCGAAACAAAUUAUUAUAACAAUAUAUUUGAGAGAAAAGCAUGUUAUUUUGCCUCAUUCAAAUCUUAAUAUCCGAACAUUUAAAUAUAUAAACUAAAUCUAUUGUGAUAAAACAACAAAAUUGCAAUAACUGCAUUAACUGCAUUAACCAUCAAAGUGAAGUCUAACUGUAACUGUAGUCUUGAAACAAAUCUGAAUAAGGAAAAACAUUGCAAUAAAAUAAUGCAGACUGGUUAAACUUGAGAGUAGCUGAGAUCUGUCAUGACAGAACAUCACUUCAAUGAUAUCUGGCGCCUUCUAGCGUUGUGAAUGGGUAUAAUGACUGCGAAUAUAAGACAACCCCCUCUUUUUCAGUCUUAUUUCAAUGCAAAAAACACCGUCUUAUAUUCGGGCCAAUACGGUACAUCUUAAAAACCAAUUCUCUGAAAAUGACGUGAUCGGGCCCGAUUUCUGAUCGCAACAUCCGAAGUGCUGAUAUGUCUUAAAACAAUGACGUGGAAUGGUCACUAAGUGUUAGUAAAUAAGUAUACAAGGGAUUUCAUAUAUCACCACACAAUACAAACAUAUAGUGCAUUAAUAAAACUGUCAAAGUUAAAAAUUAUGAGGAAAUGAACACACAAAGGCACAACAACUACUAGAAUUAGCCACUAAACAAAAACAACUCAUUCACUGCUAUUGUAAAAGAUUUCAACUGAUAUGGCUGGCACGGACUGGUCAUGUUUAACUGCCAUUGACGGCAAUAGCUGUCUAAUUCAAUUUGAGUGUUUUGGACAAAAUGGAUUGGACAUCUAGCACCAUCUAUGGCAGCCAAUGAGUCAGUAUCAAUUCAUAUAAUUAUUAACGAUUUUGAUGUUAGCAUUAGGGAUGCAAGGCUUGUUUCGUGUCAAAUCAAAAUAAAGCUGUCACAAGCAUGUUUCAUUAGAUGCCGUUAUCGUGCUCUAUAUCUGCUUAUAUCGCCCAGCACUAAUACAUCAAUAUUUGUUUUUGGCUCACAUUUAAAUUCCCAAGGAAUUUGGCUAAUCUCCCAAUUGUUCCCAUUCAUUCCCAAUUGGGCGUUUACAACUUUUCCCAAAGUUUUGCAUCGUAAGAGAGUCCGAGUUCAUCUCGCUGGCCCACCCCAAAUAUUCUUGUUCCUCUGUUCUUUGUGCUCUGGCGGAUACUGUGUAUGAAUAAAGUAUGAAAAAAUAUGCACCUGAGCAUUGGGGAUGAAUUUUUUCAAGGUUCAGAAUAUCGAACUCAGGGAUGUCAAAUUCAUCUUUGUCAUGGGCCACAUUGUAGUUGUGGUUUCCUGUAGAGGACCGUUGUCUGCCAACUAAAUGAACAAAAUAGUUUGAUAGUCCUACAUAGACAUUUUCAUUGUUGUUUUUUUUUUU